AUGUCAAGAAGUUAUGGAUGGUCUCCUAGGAACGUUUUCCAUGCGGCUGCAGCGGCGGCGGCGGCGGCGGAAGCGUUCGUGGGUCGCCGCGGGCCGCCGCCGCUCUUACGCUCGCGGACUCUGCCGGCCAUCAUCGCGCCUGGCUUCUCCAUACUGCACGCACAGAUAGACCCACAGAGAACUACUGAAAUCACUCAAAGCCAGCUGCUAUGUCGCGGAGUGUCUGCGAACAAAGUUUGCGGGCUACGAGCGCAUGCCCCCCGCAUCUCCUUCAUCAACAAAGAGGAGCCGGACCCUCAUGAACUACGGCGCAAGUCUGCUAGCAGUCGCCUAGGCAACUCUCCCCGAUCGAGUAUAGCAAGCGAAGACAGGACCGAUAGCUUGGCUCUUAGGGUGCCUACCCCUCGGGGCUCGGUUUCAAGCACGAGCAGUACUAGCACAGGUUCGCGGCUAGCGCGUUUACUUACCCAGGGGGUGCGAGGCACCCCCGAAGAAACUGGCGCUGAUACACCUCGAAGACUAAGUUGGGAAAGAAGAGAAUCAGCCGGCCAACUUCCUCGCUCAGCCAGCAUCGACUCCGUAGUAGAGGCAGCGAUUUGCGCCCGCCAUUCAGAACCCGGUCCUACGACCCUACAGUUGCCGAGAGCGGAUCGAGCUUUAAGUUUGGUUUCUCCAGCGGUGGGACGUCGAGCUAAAUCCCAAAGAGGACAGGCAGUGGCAGGAGACAAUGAAAGAGAAUUUGUAUUGUUCAUCGGAUACACAAGAAGUGUUGAAAUGCAUUGUUGGCUCGUAGUCUACAAUCAUAGU